GUGUGUGUGGUUUCAGAUGGAUGUCUUGCCCUUUUAUGAACAUUUCUUAUGUGUGCAGCUAUAGAUAGAGCCAUGGAUAACCAUUCAUUACAGGGCAGACAGGUUUCCCACAAUGUGUGAGCAUGUGCAUAUGUUUGAGAGAGAAAUGACUCAGGCAAAACAACCAAUUCCAAAGAUGCAAAAAUUCACUGAAUCAAUUUGAGACAAAUAAGGUUAACAUAUCAAAAAUCAACAAUUUUGAAUCUGCCAUUUAGAGUCGAAGCCUGCUCGAACCUCACGAGUGCAGAUGUUCCCCAUUCGAGGGGGAUUACGCAGGAAAUGAAAAUGUGACACACAGUCAUCAUAAAUGUUUCCAUGCAGCCACAAAUCAUAUGAUGCAAAUGUUUCAUCACAGCCUUCCCUGGACACAACAAGAGUGUCCAUGUGCAGCUUUGCGUCAGUGCAUCAAGAGUUCACAAACCCUGCUUUCAAUGAUGUCGGCUUAGGAGUGCAGGAAUGGAGAGUAGUCAUAUUUGGGAUCAGCCUAUUAACUGUAGUCACACACAGUUCAGACACCAAAUAUGCUGCUAGACAGGUAUUUUAGAACGCGUAUUAUGUCAGCAUGCCUCAACAGAGCCCUCUGUGCUGCUCCCAGAUUAUAAAAUACCAUACUGUGUGCAACGCACCGACGUGCACAUAUGCAGUAGAUGUAGAUACAAACUGCACAUGCAUGAACAUGGAACAAAAGAGAGGAAAUAAGACAGGCAGGGUUUCAUAUCAGCUACACAAUGGUGGCCAGUUUCUCUAGUAACACUGCUGCUCUUGCCACUCCCUAAUUGUAUGAUCAGGUGAAUGUAGGCGUGGUAUUGAAAAUGCUUUCCCUCUCCACCUCCUUUUUCUAACUAAAACUAGUUUGCUUUUGCUUCCUCGUGUGAAGAAAUUUGUUAAUAAACACUCAAAACGGUGCACUGGGUUAACCGAAUCAGCAUGGCUGUCGCUGGGGGACUCAAGUGUGUGAAAUAUCUCAUGUUUGUCUUCAACGUUUUCUUUUGGCUUGCAGGCACUGCUGUCUUCGCUAUAGGCCUGUGGCUAAGAUUAGACCCAAAGACCAAAGGCCUGUUUGAAGGACCAGACUCUCCAUAUGUGUUUUACACAGGUGUAUAUAUCCUGAUAGGAGCUGGAGCACUGAUGAUGGUGGUGGGUUUUCUGGGAUGUUGUGGGGCUAUCCAGGAGUCUCCCUGUAUGCUUGGAUUGUUUUUCUUCUUCCUGCUUAUCAUAUUUGCCAUUGAAGUUGCAGCUGGAAUCUGGGGAUUUUCCAACCAAAGCAAGGUGGUGAAUGACAUCACAACAUUCUACCUCCAGACUUACAACAACUUCCAGAAAACAGGAGAUGAGCGUCUCAAAGAGACACUGCGUGUAAUUCAAACUGGGCUGAAUUGUUGCGGUCCGACUGGUACUGUAGUAGAUGCUGCCAAAGACACCUGUCCCCGGGGAGAGCCGCUUGAGGAGCUCAUUACUAAGAGCUGUCCUGAUGCCAUUGAUGACGUGUUUGACUCCAAGUUACACAUCAUAGGAGGAGUGGGCAUCACCAUCGGCAUAGUUAUGAUGUUUGGGAUGAUCUUUAGCAUGCUCUUGUGCUGUGCCAUCAGGAAGUCUCGGGAGGUGGUGUGACACACACCAUCACAUCGUGAAAUCCUUGUUAAUGUUGCAUGAUGUCAUUCCUUGAGUCACAUGGCUCUCCACUGCCAAUAGAAACACUGCUUGUUCAAGGGGGAUAACCUACGCUAGGCUGGGUACAGAUAUUUCUGGUUAUCAGUUAUAACUCUACUGCCGACACUUAAGCCCACCUUCCUGGACUAGAUAGAUGCGAUGUGGUUAUUGAGCCCACCUAUAGAAUGGGUUUCAUCUGUGCUUCAGUGGAAAUAUAGUACAGAAAUGUGUAAUUUUGUGGUCAUUUGAUUGAUAUUAGUUAUUGUGAACUGCUAAUUAUCUAAACAAAAGAUCAUACUAUUGUAUACUGAUCACAUUUCUAUUGCUAUCACUUGGGGUCAUCCACUGGCAAGAGGAGUCAUGGUCCAGGGCCAAAAAUAGCCAACCACCACUCAGCACAAUACAGCAGUAGCCAAUGAAAUUCUAUAAUUCCUUUUUCUUACAACACUGAAGUCAAACCAUGGCGACUUGUAGCCAAUGGAACGCUGAGCUUUGAACUGUGGUGACUGUGGUUUUUUCCAGCUUAGUAUUAGAGUAGUAUCUAAGUUCCUUCACUGUAGUAACAUUUCAUUGGUUCCUUUCCUUUCUUUCUCCAUCUCCUAAUUUGCCGAUUCUAAAACGCCUUUGAUUUUUUUGGUUAUAUUUUGUAAAUGUCUUUUUUUUUUAAUUUGUAAAAAAUGUAUAAACUUAGAUGGUUGUACGGUACAUGAGGUUUGAUGAUGUAUUUUAUAAUGUCCUUUUCAUUUUACAGAGAUUGGAUUGAUUUAUACCAUAUGCACUAUGUUUCACAAAGAAAAUAAUUAAUGAUAAGAGUCAAAUAAACCAAAAUGAACUAAC